AUGACAAAUUUAAGCCUAAUUAUCAUCCUAAGUACACUAAUUAUCCUUCCAAAAACUUCAUUUAGUAAAGAUAUUGUUCCAAGAUAUGUACAAUAUGCUUGUCCAAAAGGUAAAUUUACAUACACUUCCGGCAGUACAUUUGAAUCAAACCUUACAAACAUUCUUCUAAACAUCCUCCCAACCAAAAUUUCGCCGGACGGCUUUUCGAAAUUCAGCGUCGGCGAGGAGAGCGUUGAUCAAAUCUACGCUUUAUCUUAUUGUCGAGGAGAUGUCACCGGCGGAGCUUGCCGAGGAUGUGUCGAGGCUGCUGCGAGAAGUGUCUUGCAGCGAUGUCGAUUGCUUAAGGAGGGGAUUGUUUGGUAUGAGGAGUGUACUUUGAGGUAUGCCAAUCGGAGUGAUAUGUUUUCUGUUCAAGACUUUGAGGUUACUCCCAAUCAUCGACACUAUAACUUUUCAGGAAUAUUCAGGUUUCUUGAGAAAGAGGAGACAAUUUUUGAUAGGUUGAUGAAUGGGCUUAUUGACGAGGCUUCUAAUGUAGCCUAUGUAGGAAAUCUUAGUGGUUUCGCGAAGGGAGAGUCCAACUUAUCGGGGUCUGAUUGGGUUUUGCGCGCCCUCGUACAAUGUAGGCAAGACAUUGUCGGAGUUAAUUGUGAACUAUGCUUAAGACAGGCGUUAAGGCAAAGGGAUGGUUGGAAUACUCCCAUGGUUUUCCUACCCAGUUGUUAUAUUCAGUUUGAUUUGUAUCCUUACGCACACCUUAGUCCCCAUUCUAAAGGGGAUGAUGGAAUUUCUAUUACAAUUAUAGCACUUGUGGUGAUUGUGGGUGGUUUGUUGUUAUGUUGCUCCAUUUAUCUCGUACUUCGCUAUUGCAAGCAGCGGGAGCAUUCUCAUCAAUCUCAAGAUCAUCCGAGGAAAUUUACAAUGUUGGAGUUGGUUUGGGCUACGACAUGUUUCGCAAGUAGGAAAAUUUUGGGUAGAGGAGGAUUUGGGAAUGUUUAUGAAGGAACCCUUUUUGAUGGUUCAAAAGUGGCAGUUAAAAGGCUGAAUGCUUACACAUCUUUGCAAGGUGACACUGAAUUUAACACAGAAGUUGCAGCCAUUGCAAAUCUGAACCAUCAUAACGUCGUUUCUUUAAAAGGUUAUUGCAGUUUUCUACGCGAGCGUAUUUUGGUUUACGAAUACGUGCCUAAUAAAACCUUGGAAUAUCAUUUACAUGGCUACGGUCAGAAAUUGUCCUGGGAAAAGAGAAUGGCAAUUGCAAUUAGCCUAGCAGAAGUUCUAGCGUUCCUGCAUGAGAAGGAGCCUGCAAUCAUACAUCGAGAUAUAAAGCCAACUAACAUUCUCAUCGAUUCUGAAUUUAAUCUCAAGGUUGGAGAUUUUGGAGUAGCCAAAGUAUUUCCAGAAAGCCGAACACACAUGACAACUAUAGUUAAGGGAUCAGAAGGCUACUUAGAUCCUUACUAUUUUGCAAGUCAGCAAUUGACAAGGAAGUCAGAUGUGUUUGCUUUUGGGGUUAUACUACUUGAGUUGAUCACUGGUCGGAGGGCAACUUUUCUUUUACAAGAUUCCACAGAGAAGAUACAUAUUAUGUACUGGGCUGAGCCAUUGAUUAAGGAAGGAUUAGAAGUAGGAAACUUUGAAGCUCUUGUGGACCAAAAUUUGACAAGUAUUUAUGACUGCGAUCAGAUGGAUCGAAUGGUCAUUUGUGCGGCAGCUUGUGUACGUAUUUCUCUGGAUCAAAGGCCAACAAUGACACAGGUUGCAGAAGUGUUGAAGGAAUCAAGCGUAUCAAAUGAAUUAUUCGGAGAAUUGAAGGAGAGAUUGCAGAGAUUAUGGCAAGCUGGACCCCAUAAAAGGAUCUCUUUUAGCAGUUCUUCAGAAAUAACGGUAGGACAAAUCAUGAAUGAUGAAUGUUCUAGAAGUGAAACUCCAACCACUAACUAUGGCUCCUGCUCCUUCCGAAACUUCGAUACCCCUGAUCUUUACAAUACAGCUUCACCUACUCACCCUUCCGCUGCUUAAAAGUGCGCAUUUUUUUUGGUUGUCUAUAGUGGGCGGAUAUGUGUAUAAAAGUCCUACCCACUAUGGAUAGUGGGAGUAUGAGGUCUUGACCGCCCAUAACUACCUACCAGUACCAGCUAAUAGUUGUCCGCCCUAUAUUUUUAUUGUACUAAUUUACAUUAAUUUUGUAUAUUUUUAUAAAAAAUUAUUGACAAAAAAUUAAGAACAUUAAUUUUAUUUUGUUACAUUAUAUAGUUAAAAAAAAUUAGAUAUACAACUAUUAAAUUUGUAAUUAUUUAUGAUGUAUAUAACGCGGACUUAAAUUAAAUAUAAGG